GCGAUGUAGUUGCUUGGGGGCACCGAUGGAUGUCCCUCUGGAUCAUCUUAACGACGAAACGCUCUGGCAGAUUCGGUGUUUAUGACUCGCCCGUUCGCUCUUGCUCAGCUCGCCCGAGUUGCGCCGUCGAUUUUGCCUCGCCAGCCCGGAAUCACUUCUGCCCCCGCUUUUCCCAUCUCCACGCGCUUCCUUCAUUUCUCCACUGCAUCAAACACCAAAGCCCCUGCUUCUGCUGCUUCCACUUCUGCUCGCCUCAGAAUCGAGACUCUCCUGCCGUUCAUGGACUCCCAAUCGCCGGAAUUUGAUUCAUCCGCCGCCAGAGGCGAAGAUUUUGUUCACAUUCAGGAACCUACUUUCGAGAGCUUGUCUGACAGCAUGGUUCGGAUCGACGGGCCGACAGACGCCACUGCAUCGCCUAGUCGUGAUGCCACGGGUUCGGAAAAUCGGAAAGUGCUUCCCGAGGAGCUCUCAAGAAACGUGAUAGUUCUGACGUGCGAGUCCUCCGCCGAAGAUGCUGUUUGUGACGUUUAUUUAGUUGGCACAGCUCACGUUUCUCAGGAAUCAUGUAGAGAAGUUCAAGCAAUAAUCAAUUUUCUGAAACCACAGGUUGUCUUCUUGGAAUUGUGUUCAAGUCGGGUGUCAGUGCUUACCCCUCAAAACCUCAAGGUACCCGCCAUGGGAGAAAUGAUUGCAAUGUUGAAGAAAAAACAUAACAUUUUUGGAGUACUUUACAGCUGGUUCCUUGCCAAGGUUGCCAGUAAGCUUGAGGUCUUUCCUGGUUCUGAGUUUCGGGUAGCAUAUGAAGAAGCAAUUAAGUAUGGUGGCAGGGUGAUACUUGGUGAUCGUCCUGUACAGAUUACCAUAUGGAGAACAUGGAGAAAGAUGCCGCUUUGGCAUAAGACUAAAUUGCUGUACUCUUUAAUUUUUCAAGCCAUUUUUUUACCCAGCCCCGACGAUCUUAAUAAAAUGCUGAAGGAAAUAGAUGACAUUGACAUGCUAACUCUUGUCAUUCAAGAGAUGAGUAAGGAGUUUCCAACUCUAAUGGAGACCCUUGUACAUGAACGGGAUCAAUACAUGUCCUCCUCAUUAUUGAAGGUGGCGCGAGAGAAUAGCUCAGUUGUUGCUGUUGUUGGCAAGGGGCAUCUACAAGGAAUAAAGAAGCAUUGGAAGCAACCUAUUAUGGUGAAGGAUCUCAUGACAAUUCCAUUGUCAGAACCAAGUCUUUCAGCAGUAAAAAUCAUUUCUUCCGUAGGUGUUGCCGUGGCUGGGGCAGCCAUAGUAGCAGGCAUCUAUCUGACGACCAGGAAAUAACUUGAUGAAUGAUGAACUUGGUAUGCAUCUUUCGUCCAGGCGUCCAGCUAUUUAAUUGAUUCAAGGGUCGCUGUAAAAUUUCGCACGGAUGCAUGUCUGAGGUCCAUAUUUUCAUUGAUAUUUC